AUGGAGAAGUUAAAGCGCGAAAGCGAACGGCGACAUCACUAUCUUGUCAAUCGUGACUUGAUCCGCCUUGCGCUCUUUACCAAAAAAUCAAUCGACGAUGACAGCUUUGCUACCCGCACUACCUUGGCUAUCCAUACUACUGGUUCUACUUUGACUUUAUAUUUACUCAAGAUCCAAAGUGACGGCCUGAAUAUCAUGACCGAAUUGGCCCAGUUUCAGGUUCCUAUGGCUGGGUCCGAGAUUCCUUCAUUUCUGGCGAAGUUUACAACCUUAAAAAUGGCAUUUAUGUUUUUCUCAACGAAUGCACUCCACUGUCAACCGAAAGCAAUGCCUAUCCUUCAUCUUGGCGUCGCGCCUCCUUAUCUCCGAGUGAUGAAGCGCUAA